CUUUGCUGCAGUAUAAUAAUAUUGGGCAGUGCCACAAAUAAAGCAGCAAGAUGAUUUUAGAAAUGCAUUUGAUCUGGCUGCUCUUUUCCGUGUUUGAAGAAUCCAGCGGGCAGAUUGUUAUCACUCAGACACCUGCUUCUGUGACGGUGCUUCCAGGAGAGACGGUCAGCAUUCAGUGCAAGGCAUCCAGCUCCAUGAGUAACGAUAUGAGCUUAUAUCUGUUUAAAUCAGGACAAAAUCCCAAGCUCCUCAUUUAUGAUGUAACCAGCCAGCAAACUGGGGUCUCCGAUCGAUUCAGUGGUAGAUACAGCGGCACUGACUUCACAUUCACCAUUACUGGGGUGCAGGUGGAAGAUGCAGGAGAAUACUAUUGUGGACAAGACUACAGCACUCCUCUCACAGUGAUACAGUUCAAUACAAAAACCUGUUCAGAGCCCCAGCAAACACACAGCAAAGCAGAAGGAAGUGGAGGUGGCUGUUUCUAUGCCAGAUAUAACAAAUUAUUUGGAUUCUACCAGAACCCCUUGCUAAGGCUCCAGUGGGCAGAUUGUGAUGACCCAGUCACCAGAAUCCCUGAAGUGACUCCAGGAGACAAAAACACUAUAAACUGCAAAGCCAGUUCUGUCCCUCUCACCUAUGUAGCCUGGUACCAGCAAAAAUCAGGACAACCACCUAAGUUUCUUAUUUAUGCUGUUUACACUUGUCCCUCUGGGGUUCCAGAACGGUUCAGUGGUGGUCGAUCCAGGAACGAUUUCAUUCUCACAGUCAACGGGGUUGACGUUGAUGAUACUGGAGAUUAUUAUUGUGAGCAAAGCAGGAACUUCCAGUCCUCACAGUGA